CCGUUAAAGAAGAAGAAGAAGAAGAAGAAGAAGAAUGGCGUUCCUUGAAGGAGCUGUGUUUGCUGUUUUAUUUAUAUGUUUGUUAUUUGUUAUCCGGUUAUAUAUUGUUGUGACGACUGGAUCAACCCAUCAACCUGGAAUUAAAGGUCCGGUCGCUGUUCUCGUCGUUGCAGGAUCAGGUGGUCACACCGCAGAGAUCUUGCGGCUGAUGGAGUGUCUGUCUGCAGCCUACACACCUCGUCACUAUGUUAUCGCUGACACUGACAGGAUGAGUGAGGAGAAAAUCUGCAACUUUGAAAGCCCUAAACGACUCUCAAACUCUGUGUCACAGUUCACCAUAUGUCGGAUCCCACGGAGCCGAGAGGUGCAUCAGUCUUGGAGUUUCUCUGUUAUCAGCACCCUGAACGCCCUGUGGUACUCCCUCCCUCUGGUGUUCAGACUCAGACCUGACAUGGUGCUGUGUAACGGCCCGGGGACCUGCGUUCCCCUGUGUGUGGCAGGACUCCUUCUUGGAAUUCUGGGAAUGAAGAAAGUCCUGAUAGUUUAUGUUGAAAGCAUUUGCCGGGUGCAGACACUGUCACUCACGGGGAAAAUCCUGUACCCGAUAUCAGACUAUUUCUUUGUGCAGUGGCCCUCUCUGAGAGACAAAUACCCCAAAUCCAUUUUCUUUGGAAGAAUAGUGUGAAAACAUCUGUUACACAUGGGCAGGUAUACACAAAUGUAGGAUCAAAUAUUGUAAUGCUUAUUAUAAUGCUCAUGAAUAAAUGCACUAUUUUUUAUUGUUGA